AUGUCGUCAACAUCACAGAUCAGGACCCGCCUUCUCAUUCUCUCUGACACUCAUGGCCACAGCCUCUUUGACCCGCAGACGUUACCAGAAGAGGCCAAGAAAUAUGCCUUCCACAAGCCCCUCCCAAGUGCAGAUGUAGCCAUACACUGCGGUGACUUGACCCUGAGGUCGCACGUCAGGGAGUACCAGACAACAUUCGACGUGAUGCGGUCGAUUGACGCGCCGCUGAAGCUGGUCAUACCGGGGAAUCAUGACUGCAGCAUGGACGUCGAGUUCUGGGACAAGGACUGUUCAAGGAGAAGUUUCCUACCCAAGGACAUGAUGGCGCGCCUACUCCGCCAGCCACGCGAGACAUACGAGGUGGUCGAGCAGGCCCGGCAGGACGGCAUCCACGUGCUGACGGACGAGGGCACGUACCACUUUGUUCUCGCCAACGGCGCCCGGCUCACCGUCUACGCCAGCGCAUGGACGCCCGAAUAUGGUCGUUGGGGUUUCCAGUACGGCGAGGGCGGCCACGACUUCGCCAUCGAGCAGGACACCGACGUGGCCAUGACACACGGCCCGCCCCACCUGAUGCUCGACCGCACGAGGAGCCACGAUGACGCCGGCUGCCCGUCGCUGUGGGAUGCCGUGGCCAAGGCGAGGCCCCGGGUGCACUGCUUCGGGCAUAUCCACGAGGCGUACGGCGCUGUGAAGCAGUCGUGGGAGGGCCAGGGCGAGGAUGAGCAGAUGGCCCUAGAGCAGACCGAGAGUGGCGGCGGCAGCGGCGGGGAGAUCACGCCUGUGAGUUUGUGUCCUGGGGACGAGGGGUCGAUUCCUUUCGAGGCCGGCAAGGAGACGCUCUUUGUCAACGCGGCCAUCAUGACGGUGGCAUAUAGGCCUCAUCAGUCGCCCUGGCUGGUGGAUUUGGAGCUGCCGAGCCCCGAUGAUGAGCACCGGGCGAAGGCGGAUAAGACACAGGACGUCUUAUCGAGGCCGAGGACGCUCCAGGACGGAUCAACGCCCGAGGAGGACCCAUGA